AAGUUCAAGGUCACGUUUGCGAGGGAAAGUUGUUGUUUUACAGAAAAAUAUAUUAUUAAAUUCUUUUUAUUUAAAUAUCAUGUUCCAUUUAUUGCAACAAAGGCAAUAUGGACUUAGAGGAAAUCAAAAAUAUCAAAUAUAUACAAGCACUUUUAUUGAACAUUACAAGAGUUUCCGUGAAACAGAACUUGUAAUAGAAGGAAGAGAAAUCGGAGAAACCAUUCCUAUUAUGUCUGCAAAAUUCUCACCCGAUCAUACGAAUAUUUUAUCGGCUGUUGAUGAACAAGGAGGAUUAAUGAUUAUUGAUGCUCAUAAACCCGCUGCAAAUUCUGUUGUUCAAGAGUGGCUGGCCCACGAAAACGCAGCUUUCGACGUUUGCUGGGUCAAAGGCAGUAAUAAAUUAUUAACGGCUGCUGGUGAUAGAACUGUAGCUCUGUGGGACGUUCUUAACGAAGCCAAGUUGCGCACCUUUAAAGGGCAUCAGUCGUCCGUAAAAACUGUUACGACUAAUCCUUUUUCAGAUUCCCUAUAUGCAAGUGGAAGCAGAGAUGGGCAUAUUAUUCUAUGGGAUGAUAGAGUUGCAAACAACAAUAAUAUAAAUGAUAGUAUUAAUGCAAAAGGAGGAUAUGAUUCCUUAGGCGUCCGAUUCAUUCGAAAUGCUCAUACGAGUAUCGUCGAUACUAAUAAACGAAGAAGUAAACGCUUUAGUUCAUCCUCAGUGGCUAUAACUUCAGUAUUGUUUUUAAACGAAAAUCAAAUUUUAUCUUCAGGUUCAAGUGAUGGAGAAGUACGUUUAUGGGAUAUGCGUAAAUCUUUUUGUAAGGAUAAUAAGGACAUUAUGGCUAAACCGGUGCAUGUCUUUCCAUAUCCGGCCUUGAAAGGAAGGCGAAAAAGGGGAUAUUCUACUAUGGUGCUCGAUUCUUCUCAUUCGAGAUUAUUUGCAUGCUGUAUGGAUGGGGUUAUUUAUUGUUUUUCAUGCUCAAAUUUAAAAACAAAACCAAUUGCUGCAUACGCUGGUCACGAAACAAACACCCAUUAUAUUAAAAUAGCCCUAAGUCCUGAAGAUCUUUUUUUAAUAAGCGGAUCCUCGUCCAAAGAAGCUUUCAUCUGGGAGGUUGAUAAACCGAACAAGGCUCCCUAUGUUCUAAAAGGUCAUGAAGAAGAGGUUACUUGUGUUCAAUGGUGUGAAGAUUUUCGAACGAUUGUUACCUGCAGCGAUGAUGAUACAAUUCGAUUUUGGAAAUUGUCUAGUAAUAAGGAUUCUAAUAAUGUAACAGGGCACGUCGAAAUAUGUAAUAAACCAGUUGAUUUAGCUUGUAAUAGUAAAGUUACCAAGGGGCUCUUCUCGCCCGUAAAAAGAGGUCAAUCUGGUGUUUCAUUCACUCCGUCAAACUCUAGAAGAAUUAGGGAAGCCUUAACAAACCUUCCGUCCUCGGCUCCAUCUAAAUUUUCAGAUAUUACAAAAUGGCUAAAGAGAAGAGAAGAGUCAAUGCCUUUCAAAUCACCCAAGAAGCCCAACAUUAUUAACCUAAUUAAGUCACCGAUAAAGAAUGAAGCGAAGCCGACAGCAUCUAGAGCUUUGUUUAGACAACCUUUCGAACAACUCAUCGAUUGUGCGUCACCAAGUAAAAAGCGGCCGUCGACUUCUAAUCAAGCCCCUACACCGAAGAGACAGCGAAUAGAUUCCGGUUCUGCUACGCCGAAUAAAUUGAAAUCUCCUCUUAGGCCAAAGAAUACUGAAUCUCCAAGAACGCCGGAAAUGCUCAGUGCCCGAAUAGCAGCUAUGAAGAUUCCCUCUGCUGUUUCACCGGACGUUCUCGGUUUAUUGCGUAGCCCCACAAAAGAUUUACCUGAUUUUGUAAAAUCACCUCUGCAUAGAACACCCUCCUCUUUACCGAAAACUCCCGUGAGUCGUAAUAGGCAUAGACGAUCGACGCCCUGUGUAAGUCCCAUGGUAUUUGAUGAUACAACACCAAAAACUAGGUUACAAGUUAAGACAGCGGUUGAAAGGUCAAACAGCGUAAAAGUUCGAAGUUUGAGAAAGAGUAGCACUAAGAAAUCAAGUACUGCUUCAAAGUCUAUUCUAAAUUUCUUUUCUCCAUCAACAAAGAAUAAUUAACUACGUUUUCUUCAAUUUUCCCCCCGCCUUUUAUCUUCUCGGAUUGUAGAAAGUGUUUUUACUAUUUAUUGUUUUUUUGGUGAAUUACCGAAAAAGAGUCCAAAAUUUAAUACUUUUAUAAUAAAUCGAUAGAAAAGACGAAUGAUGGAUG